CGGCCGGACCGGGACGGAGACCCACCCGAAGGGCGAUAACAAGCCUUUUCUUCUGGCUUCCUCUCUGGGAGUGAAGGGAGUUUGGAAGGCAGGAGGCAAGGGCCUCUGUGAGCAGAAUUCAGGUUUUUCUUGGAGGCGUUGGCCAGGGCUUGCUGCUGCUUGGUGAUUGGGAUGUGGGAGAGAUGAAGCCCCUUUCAGCCGGUGCUGCAGUCCUUACUCUGUUCAGUGAAGACACGUAGGCUCAGAAGGGGCCUUUGAGCUCCUGAUUUUAGAAUGGGCAAUGCUGCUGAGAAACAGAAGCCCCGGAAACGAAGCCGUCUGUGCCCCUGGAAGCAAGACUCUCAGCGUUCUCAUCUCUCCUCCUUCACCAUGAAGCUGAAGGACAAAUUCCACUCGCCCAAAAUCAAGAGAACGCCAUCAAAGAAGGGAAAACCAGCUGAGGUGUCUGUGAAAAAUCCGGAGAAGCCUGUGAGCAAAGAGGCAACAGACAGAUUUCUACCAGAGGGCUACCCUCUCCCCUUGGAUCUGGAGCAGCAGGCAGUAGAAUUUAUGUCCACCAGUGCUGUGGCUUCCAGGUCUCAGAGGCAGAAGAACCUGAGCUGGCUGGAAGAGAAAGAGAAGGAAGUUGUUAGUGCCUUGCGCUACUUUAAGACCAUUGUGGACAAAAUGGCUAUAGAUAAGAAGGUCCUGGAGAUGCUUCCAGGGUCAGCCAGCAAGGUGCUGGAGGCCAUCUUACCGCUGGUGCAGAGCGAUCCUCGAACUCAGCACAGCUCAGCCCUCUCCUCCUGCCAUAGCCGAGUGUACCAAAGUCUCGCCAAUCUCAUCCGUUGGUCUGACCAAGUGAUGCUAGAAGGUGUGAACUCAGAAGAUAAAGAGGCGGUGACAACCGUGAGGGGGGUCAUCAAGGCUGUGCUGGAUGGAGUGAAGGAGCUGGUCAGACUUACCAUCGAGAAGCAGGGGCAUCCGUCUCCAACCAGCCCAGUGAAACCCAGUUCCCCAGCCUGCAAACCCGAUGGCCAGUCUGAGCUCCCCCUGACAGAUCGAGAGAUGGAGAUCCUAAACAAGACAAGCGGCCUGUCCCAGUCGACCGAGCUUCUCCCAGACUCUACGGAUGAGGAGGUUGCACCCCCCAAGCCCCCGUUACCUGGCAUUCGGGUGGUUGAUAACAGUCCUCCACCGGCACUGCCGCCGAAGAAAAGACAGUCAGCUCCAUCCCCAACCCGAGUGGCUGUCGUUGCCCCCAUGAGUCGAGCCACCAGCGGCUCCAGUUUGCCUGUUGGAAUUAAUAGGCAGGAUUUUGACGUGGACUGUUACACACAGAGGCGACUCUCAGGAGGCAGCCACUCGUACGGCGGGGAGUCGCCCCGCCUGUCCCCCUGCAGCAGCAUAGGCAAGCUCAGCAAGUCAGAUGAGCAGCUGUCCUCUCUGGACAGGGACAGCGGCCAGUGCUCCCGGAAUACAAGCUGUGAAACUCUAGAUCACUACGAUCCGGACUACGAGUUCCUUCAGCAAGACCUCUCUAACGCAGACCAGAUACCUCAGCAAGUGGCCUGUAACCUUAGCCCGUUGCCGGAGUCCUUGGGAGAGUCUGGGUCUCCGUUUCCUGGCCAUCCUUUCCAGUUGCCUCCAGCACCUCCAGAGGGGCCGUCGGCCGCAGGACAGCAGAUGGACAUGCCGCCCGCCCUCCCUGAGAAGAAGCGCAGGAGUGCGGCCUCUCAGACCACGGACAGUUCUGGCUGCCGAGUGUCCUACGAGCGGCACCCCUCCCAGUAUGACAACAUCUCCGAGGACGACCUGCCGAACCCAGCCUCGGUCCCAUCCGUCCCCUUCACGCCCUUUGCUGCUAUUCUCCCCUUUCAGCAAGGAGGGUCCUCAGCCUCUGUCGAAUUUGUGGGUGAUUUCACUGUUCCUGAGUCAACAGGUGACCCAGAAAAACCGCCUCCUCUACCAGAGAAGAAAAACAAACACAUGCUGGCCUACAUGCAGCUGCUGGAGGACUACUCGGAGCCGCAGCCGUCCAUGUUCUACCAGACGCCGCAAAACGAGCACAUCUACCAGCAGAAGAACAAGCUCCUCAUGGAGGUGUACGGCUUCAACGACUCGUUCAGCACUGAGGCCCCGCAGGAGCUGGCGCCGCCGCCCGCGCUGCCCCCCAAGCAGCGGCAGCUGCAGGCCUCCUAUGCUGCUUCUUCCUUCUCCUCUGUCUCCUACUGUGUCCAGCAAACUAAAGUGGCCUUCACCCCCGAGGACAGCAGUGCCACUCAGGGCAUCAGUGUGUCCGUCUCUAACUCCUUUCUCAGCCGGCACGGCACCUUGCCUGUGCCCUCGUAUAAAUCUGUGUUUAGGUCCUACUCCCAGGAUUUCGUGCCUCACAACCAAGCUUCUGUUCAACCUUUCCUUCCGUCUACCUCCUCUUCCUCUCCACAUUUCCCACCCGUCCACCAGUCUCAGAGCUCUGACUUAGCGGGGCCAACCGUAGCCAGUCUGCCUCCCAGCACCGUGGACGGGCCUCUCUCAUCUUCUCAGGAGAGCAACUUUCAUGGGAACACUGUCUGCCUUCCUUCCGAAACCUCUUUCACUGACUCGCCCCAGACGCCUUCGAGUGAAAACACCAGUGAGGAGGCUGGUGAGGGUGAAUACGUCAAUCUGUAUUCCUCUGGCCAGAGCCGCGAGGAGCUGGCUCGCUCUCGAGGCGAAUCACCAGCUAUGAAAGACGGCCAUCCCAUAGAUCCCUCGUCGGCCAGCAGCGCAGCGGGGAAGGAGAGCAGAGACGGCGACAGGGCCUCCAGGUCACCGGAUGGUUCAGAGUUGGCGCGGUCAGAGGAGGAAGUGGACGAGCUGUCCCUCAUCGACCACAGUGAGAUUAUGGCCAGGCUGACACUCAAGCAAGAGGGUGACGACGGGCCAGACGUCCGUGGCGGGUCUGGAGAUAUCCUGCUGGUGCAUGCUACUGAGACAGACAGGAAAGAUUUGGUCCUGUACUGUGAGGCCUUCUUGACCACCUACAGGACCUUCAUCACGCCGGAGGAGCUCAUCAAGAAGCUGCAGUACAGGUACGAGAAGUUCUCUCCCUUUGCCGACACAUUCAAGAAGCGUGUCAGCAAGAACACGUUCUUCGUGCUGGUGCGGGUGGUGGACGAGCUCUGCCUUGUGGAGUUGACAGAAGAGAUCUUGAAGCUGCUGAUGGAGCUGGUCUUCCGCUUGGUGUGCAGCGGGGAGCUCAGCCUGGCCCGCGUGCUCCGGAAGAACAUCCUGGACAAGGUGGACCAGAAGAAGCUGCUCAGGUGUGCCAACUCCGACCAGCCCCUGGCAGCCCGGGGUGUAGCCGCCAGGCCAGGGACUUUGCAUGACUUUCACAGCCAUGAAAUAGCUGAGCAGCUGACCCUGCUGGAUGCUGAGCUCUUUUAUAAAAUAGAGAUUCCUGAGGUUUUGCUUUGGGCAAAAGAGCAGAAUGAGGAGAAGAGCCCAAACUUGACCCAGUUCACGGAGCACUUCAACAACAUGUCCUACUGGGUCCGGUCAAUAAUCAUGUUACAAGAAAAAGCCCAGGACCGGGAGCGGCUGCUGUUGAAGUUCAUCAAGAUCAUGAAGCACUUACGGAAGCUGAACAACUUUAACUCCUACCUGGCCAUCCUCUCGGCGCUGGACUCGGCUCCCAUCCGCAGGCUGGAGUGGCAGAAGCAGACCUCGGAGGGCCUGGCUGAGUACUGCACACUGAUCGACAGCUCGUCCUCCUUCCGCGCCUACCGGGCUGCCCUCUCCGAGGUGGAGCCCCCGUGCAUCCCCUACCUGGGGCUUAUCCUGCAGGACCUCACCUUUGUUCACUUGGGCAACCCAGACUAUAUUGACGGGAAGGUGAAUUUUUCCAAACGGUGGCAGCAGUUCAACAUUCUGGACAGCAUGCGGUGCUUCCAGCAGGCGCACUAUGAUAUCCGAAGAAAUGAUGACAUCAUAAACUUCUUCAAUGACUUCAGCGACCACUUGGCGGAGGAGGCCCUGUGGGAACUCUCUCUGAAAAUCAAACCUAGGAACAUCACGAGGAGAAAAACAGACCGGGAGGAGAAGACCUAGGAGCAGGUGCCGUGAGCGAGGAGAGCGCUCGAGAGAGGCUCUGAGGGCUGCCGAGACCGGGAGCGACUUUGGACCUGGCCCCGGGGCAGGCUGCACGUGUCCGGCCCCAGGGCUCAGCCAGCCCUCUGCUGUGCCGGGCAGGAGCCCCAGCCUUCCUGCUCCCCUUCCCCACGGGAGCA